UCUGUCACAAUGGCAUAUUACGUAAUCGCAGGCAAAUUAACGUGCCUGAAUACCACCCACGCCCUCCAUAUAGCCGAAACGUUGUCCCUCCGCCUCCCAAACUUCCACUACCGGCGCAUCCUGAAAUCAGACUACGACUGGCCGAUAUGGCUGGACCAACUAAACAGUACCAACAACUGGCACGAAACCUGCUGUCCCCUAGCCUGGAAGGAAGUCGGCCAAAUGGGCGGAAAACCUCACCUCAUCGGCAACCUGGGGCACUUCUGGGAGUACUGCUUCGACUACUACGGAAUCCAGUCGUGGUUGUCCAAAACCGACCUGGAGAAAAUCAAGGCGGACGACGCCCUCAUGCACACGUCGGGGAAUAAAACCUCCUCUGAACCCCAGAAGAUCAGCAUCACCGACGCCAACACUCACCCGAUGCUGGAACUCGUCAUCUACGAGUUGCAGCAACUUUUCUCCCCCAGCACUCUGGAAAUCAAGUUGUACGACGCCAACAUCCCCGACGAUGAAGACACGGAUGUUUUCAUGCUGGAAACCCUGGAGAGUUACCAGGUGAGCGGCAAGAGCAGUCCCCAGAGCAUCGUCUUGGUGUCUACUCUUCGGGAAGCGCUCCAGAACUGUGACGUGUUGAUAGUUCUGGGGGACUACCGCAGACUUCCAGACGAAGCCGCCGACGACUGGCUCAACCGCUGCCGCCUCAACAUGAUAAUCCUCGCCGACGAGAUCAACUCCUCCGCCAGCCGCAGCCUCAAGGUCAUCCUGAACCACCCCGGCCCCAUCUGCUUCAACGCCUCCGUGCUCAUGGAGUACUGCACCCAGAUAAGGCUGAGCAACAUCGUCGCCGUGACCACCGACGAGGGCCUCUCCGUCAUCAGCACCAUCGCGCAUCAGGUGGACCGGCCCGUGGAGCACUUCUGGUGCCCCGCGGUGUGGGGCUUCUCGGGGAUCAUGUCCUUCGUGGGCGUCGCCUGCACGCCCCUCACCCAGGUGGUCAUCCAGCCCUACAAGAGGUCCCUCAAGACCAAGGAGUCCAGCAAGCUGCCCAAGGGGGAAAUCGUGGUCGAGAUAAAGUUCGUGGAGAAUUUGCUCAAAACCGAGGAAUUAUUCUACGAGGAGCUGGAGCACAGGAAGGAGAGGGAGUUGGAUAUUCUGCAGCGGCCGCCGGUUUUGGCGAAAGUUAGGGCUUUGGCGAGUUUACUGAAGCUGUGGUUCGCGGAGGUGGUGACCGACGAGAUAAUCUCGUUGGGGGUUUGCUCGAAUGGAGCUUUCAGGUUUCCUCCAGGGGUUUGCUUUUCGCAGCCGGUUAGUCUGAACGAGAAGCGGAUUUGGGAGCCGGUGGCGAGUCUGCCUUUGACUUCGUUGACGCAGAGGAAGGUGGCGGAUAUUGUGCUUCAGGUCGAAGGGCACUUGAAGAAUUUCGGGAUCGGGGAUAGGUUGAGAUGA